UCACCGAUGCGGUAGUACCAACAUGGCAGCCCUCUGAGUUUUGGAGGAGGGGAGCUGGUGUAAAUACAGGCAAAUUAAGCGUUUCUGAGACAAGGACAACAUCAGGGAGCUUAAGCUGGGGACUUAUUGGACUGUUGCGUAAAAUGUCGAGCGACGGGAACAAGAAACAGUUCUGGAAAAGAAACGCAGCCAAGGUUCCUGGCAGUAUUCAGCAUGUGUAUGGGGCACAGCAUCCACCUUUCGACCCCCUUCUCCAUGCCAACCUGAUGAAAGCAGGCAACAAACCCCCUCCCACCACGCCUGGCAAGCCCAAGAAAGCUACCACCUUCCAGGAGUUUGAGAGCAUCACCAGUGAUGCCUGGGACGUCGGGGAUGACGACGACGAGCUGCUGGCCAUGGCUGCACAGAACCUAAAUAUCGAGGUUGUCAUGGAGACGGCAAAUAAGGUGAUUGAGAAUCACAGCAAGCAGCAGGAGAGGCAGAGGCUAGAUGACACAGCAGAGUCGGGUCAGGUAGAGGAAGAUGCACAGGAGGAGGUGUUCGCUGAGGAGGAAGAGGAGGAAGAAGAAGAAGAGGAGUAUCUCAGAGUGGAGGAAGUAGACGCAAUCAGUCCAGAUGCGUCGUUUGCCUCUCAGAGCAGCCCUUAUAGCGAGAGCCGUCUGGUGAAAUCCCACAGCGAAGCUCCGAUCGGGUCACCUAAAGAUGCAGCAGGCCUCCACAGACAGAGGUCUCUGCCCCACCGGCCGCCCGUCAUCCCAUUAGUGGCUCGCAUGGCUGACCAGAACACAUCUGGCACCCCGGCCAUGACGGAGAGGGAAGCGUCCCGCCUGGAUAAGUUCAAACAGUUGCUGGCGGGGCCCAACACAGAUCUGGACGAACUCCGGAAAUUAAGCUGGUCUGGAAUCCCGCGACAAGUUCGGCCGAUUGCCUGGAAGCUCCUCUCAGGUUAUCUGCCUGCCAACGCAGAGAGGCGGGAGAGCGUUCUACAGAGGAAGAGACAAGAAUAUUUUGGCUUUAUCCAGCAGUACUACGACUCCCGCAAUGAUGAGCACCAUCAAGACACAUACAGACAGAUUCACAUUGACAUACCGAGAACUAAUCCUCUUAUUCCUCUUUUUCAACAAGCUUCUGUCCAAGAGAUUUUUGAGCGGAUUUUGUUUAUCUGGGCCAUCCGGCAUCCAGCCAGCGGCUACGUUCAAGGCAUCAAUGACCUGGUCACGCCGUUCUUCGUCGUCUUCGUCUUUGAAUACAUCGAGGAGGAAGUGGAAAACUUUGACGUGUCCAGUCUCCAGGAAGAAGCUCUGAGGAACAUCGAGGCUGACAGCUUCUGGUGCAUGAGCAAACUGCUGGACGGCAUCCAGGACAACUAUACGUUUGCUCAGCCAGGCAUUCAGAGGAAAGUCAAGGCCCUGGAGGAGCUGGUCAGCAGGAUUGAUGAGUCUGUGCACCGCCACAUGCAGCAGUACGAGGUGGAGUACCUGCAGUUCGCCUUCCGCUGGAUGAACAACCUCCUGAUGAGGGAGCUGCCUCUACGGUGCACCAUCAGACUGUGGGACACAUAUCAGGCUGAACCAGAAGGCUUCUCUCAUUUUCACCUCUACGUGUGCGCUGCCUUCUUGGUACGGUGGAGGAAAGAGAUUCUAGAGGAGCGGGAUUUUCAGGGCCUUAUGAUCCUGUUACAGAACCUUCCCACAAUGCAUUGGGGAAACGAGGAAGUGAGCGUGCUACUGGCCGAAGCUUACAGGUUAAAGUUCGCCUUCGCCGAUGCUCCCAACCACUACAAGAGAUGAUGAGUGGCUCUUCGUCCUCUUUGGUCUCCUGUCUCAACAACGCCUGCUGGACUCACAGGCCUCUUUCCUAACUACCCUCCUUUUUUUUUUUGCCCUAUUUCUGAUGGGGCUUUCAGCUACUAAGAGAUUCGAAUCAAACAGUGACUGAGGACAUGUGUAGCAUUCUGACAUGAUGAUCUGGAGCCUUUUUUUUAUUAUUUAUCUCCAUGUGUGCUGAAAUUUGCACUCUAACAAUCGGAUGCAGAAAAAUGAUCAUUAAUAAUGAUUGCAGUUUUUUUUGUUUUUUUUUUUUUUUUGUUUGGUGGAUGAAGAACCCCUCUGCUUGAUGCAGGAUCAUAAACAGUUUCUGAGCACCGCCUGGGGUUAUAUCUGAAUUAUUUUACACUACCAUAGCAAUAUAUUGUUUCUUUUUACUCCCUCUGGCAAAAAUAGAACCCUUAUUCAGUUUACAAAUAUAAAGAAAGAUGGCAGUAGGGCAUUUCUUUAGAUGAUUAACAAAUGGCAGCACAGCAUGAAGGAGCAGGAUGUCUGCUGUUUUCACAGCAUGUGGAGAAGCGAUUCAUUUUUUUCUCCCCUUCAGGAUUUGACGGUAGAGAUCGGGAUCCCUAAAUCCAGCGCCCUUUAAAUCGCUCUUCCUUUUAUCCCCUCGUCCUCCCGCACUCACUGCAACACAUCGCAGAGUUCGAGUGGAAGGUAAUCGGUGGCAGGAGGUUGCAGGUGAGGAGAUGCUCACACCACAUUCAAGAUGUUAACAAGCCACCGGGAUGGAAAGAGCUACUUAUUCUCACUUGUUAGGGUUUGACUUGGAUUGCCUGUUCACCAAGGGCUAUGUCUUAUUAACUCCUCCUCUCUAACCCUACUAUAGGACUACCUCAGAUCUCAAAACAUCUGCUUAUCAAGAUUUAAAUGUCGGAUUUCUACAUAAUAAAAGUAUUUUUAUUGUCUUCUUUCAGUUCCAAAUUAUACAAAUUUCUGAAGAAACUUUACAAUUAACCUUCUGUUCUACCAGACGAGAUAAUUCAAGUGAUGCUGUGCUGAUGAAAGAAUAAAACAAUGUCUGAACUGAGCCUUCUAAUCUAAAACUGUACAAUAAAUGAAA